GAAGAGUGUGUUUCCGGGUUGAGCCCCGCGAGGUGGGAGGAGGCGGCGUUUCCGGCCGCGGUCGCUGUCCCGGGAGGCUGAGGCGAGAGGGAGCUGUCCGGGUGGGGAGCCAGCACUACCUUCUUCCUUUUCCUCCUCCUCCGGGUGAGGGGAGCGAAGGUUGGGGCCCUGACCCCAUGGACCGGGAGGAGGCGGAGGCCGCCGAGAGCCGGGGCCCAGCUGUGUGGCCCUGAGCCCCGCUAGACAAAACUCUCAGGUUAGUUUACCUCUGAUAGUCGAAACUCCUCAUAGAUAAGAAGGCGUGUUUGGUCAAAGUCACAAAGCUGUUACUGGAAGAAUUGGAACUGAAGCUCAGAUCUUUUUUUCUUCAGUGAACGGGUUCCGCCUAUCUGGAAGGCCAUGGAGAAGAGGCUGGGAGUGAAGCCAAGCCCUGCUUCCUGGAUUUUGUCAGGAUUUUGUUGGCAGAUAUCUGUGAAAUGGUUGAGAAGCCUGUACCUGUUUUUUACUUGCUUCUGCUUCAGUGCUCUGUGGUUGUCAACAGAUGCCAAUGAGAGCAGGUGCCAGCAAGCGAAGACAGAAUUUGGUGUUGGCCUGAGAUCUGGGGGAGAAAAUCACCUCCGGCUUCUUGAAGGAACCCCCUCUCUCCAGUUGUGUUGGGCUGCUUGCUGCCAGGAUUCUGCCUGCCAUGCCUUUUGGUGGUUAGAAGGGAUGUGCAUUCAGGCAGACUGCAGCAGGCCCCGGAGCUGCCAGGCUUUUAGGACAGACUCUUCCAAUUCCAUGCUGGUGUUUUUUAAAAAAUUCCAAACUGCAAAUGAUUUGGGCUAUCCACCUGAAGAAGAUGAACCACAUAUUCUGGAGCUAGGUUGGAGCAGGGUAUUUUGGAGGAGACAGAGUCCACCUAGAGCUCCACUUGGACCCACUGUAUCUUCUGUUGACCAGCAGAGCUUAAUCAGGAAGCUUCGGAAGAGAGAGAGUCCCAGUGAAGAAGUAACUACACAUAUAGUGACACAGCAUUCUGAAAUGAAUGACUCCAAGGAAGGAGGUGAUCUGAAUACCAGUGGUUCUGCAGAGGUCCACAAAGCAGUUGUAAUUUCCAGUCCCUUAACCACAGUCCUGACUGCGGAGAUUCCUGGUUGGUCAAAGAAUGUGUCAGUCCAGCCUGAGACAUCAGAGGAUCCUGGUGCUACGCCUAGCACUCAGCACGCAAAAAGCCCUGAGAGAAUUCAGAUUGUUACCCCUCUGCCAGUGGCUCCCUCCUACAGUUAUGCCACCCCUAACCCCCAGGCCUCUUUCCAGAGCACCUCAACACCAUACCCAGUUAUUAAGGAACUGGUGGUAUCUGCUGGAAAGAGUGUCCAGAUCACCCUGCCUAAAAAUGAAGUGCAGUUAAAUGCAUUUGUUCUGCAAGAACCACUUGAAGGAGAAACCUACACCUACGACUGGCAGCUGAUUACUCAUCCUGAAGACUACAGUGGAGAGAUGGAAGGGAAACAUUCCCAGAUCCUCAGACUAUCCAAGCUUACUCCAGGCCUGUAUGAAUUCAGAGUGAUUGUAGAUGGUCAAAAUAGCCACGGGGAAGGCUAUGUGAAUGUAACAGUAAAACCAGAACCUCGUAAGAAUCGGCCUCCCGUUGCCAUUGUGUCCCCACAGUUCCAGGAGAUCUCUCUGCCGACCACUUCUACAGUCAUUGAUGGCAGCCAAAGCACUGAUGAUGAUAAAAUCGUCCAAUACCAUUGGGAAGAACUUAAGGGACCUCUGAGAGAAGAGAAGAUUUCUGAAGAUACGGCCAUAUUAAAACUAAGUAAGCUCGUCCCUGGAAACUACACUUUCAGCUUGACUGUAGUAGACUCUGAUGGAGCGACCAACUCUACUACUGCGAGCCUGACAGUGAACAAAGCCGUGGAUUAUCCCCCUGUGGCCAAUGCGGGCCCCAACCAAGUGAUCACCCUGCCCCAAAACUCCAUCACCCUCUUUGGGAACCAGAGCACCGAUGAUCAUGGCAUCACCAGCUAUGAGUGGUCACUCAGCCCAAGCAGCAAGGGGAAGGUGGUGGAGAUGCAGGGUGUGAGAACACCAACCCUGCAGCUCUCUGCCAUGCAAGAAGGAGACUACACUUACCAGCUCACAGUGACUGACACGAUAGGACAGCAGGCCACCGCUCAAGUGACUGUUAUUGUGCAGCCUGAAAACAACAAGCCUCCACAAGCAGAUGCAGGCCCGGAUAAAGAGCUGACCCUUCCUGUGGACAGCACAACCCUGGAUGGCAGCAAAAGCUCAGAUGAUCAGAAAAUUAUCUCCUAUCUCUGGGAGAAAACACAGGGACCCGACGGGGUGCAGCUCGAGAAUGCUAACAGCAGUGUCGCCACUGUGACAGGGCUACAAGUAGGAGCCUACGUGUUCACCUUGACUGUCAAAGAUGAGAGGAACCUGCGAAGCCAGAGUUCUGUGAAUGUCAUUGUCAAAGAAGAAAUGAACAAACCACCUGUAGCCAAGAUAACUGGGAGUGUGGUGAUUACCUUGCCCACGGACACAGCAGAGCUGGAUGGCUCCAAGUCCUCAGAUGAUAAGGGAAUAGUCAGCUACCUCUGGACCCGAGAUGAGGGGAGCCCAGCGGCAGGGGAGGUGCUAAAUCACUCUGACCACCACCCGAUCCUCUUUCUUUCCAACCUGGUUGAGGGCACCUACACAUUUCACCUGCAUGUGACUGAUGCGAAGGGGGAGAGUGACACAGACCGGACCACCGUGGAGGUGAAGCCUGAUCCCAGGAAAAACAACCUGGUGGAGAUCAUCUUGGAUGUCAACGUCAGUCAGCUAACUGAGAGGCUGAAGGGGAUGUUCAUCCGCCAGAUUGGGGUCCUCCUGGGGGUGCUGGAUUCCGACAUCAUUGUGCAAAAGAUUCAGCCGUACACGGAGCAGAGCACCAAGAUGGUAUUUUUUGUUCAAAACGAGCCUCCCCACCAGAUCUUCAAAGGCCAUGAGGUGGCAGCGAUGCUCAAGAAUGAGCUGCGGAAACAAAAAGCAGACUUUCUGAUAUUCAGAGCCCUGGAAAUCAAUACUGUCACAUGCCAGUUGAACUGUUCUGACCAUGGCCACUGCGACUCAUUCACCAAACGCUGUAUUUGUGACCCUUUUUGGAUGGAGAAUUUCAUCAAGGUGCAGUUGAGAGAUGGAGACAGCAACUGUGAGUGGAGCGUGUUGUAUGUUAUCAUUGCUUCCUUUGUCAUUGUUGUCGCCCUUGGAAUCCUGUCCUGGACUGUGAUCUGUUGUUGUAAGAGGCAGAAAGGAAAACCCAAGAGGAAAAGCAAGUAUAAGAUCCUGGAUGCCACGGAUCAGGAGAGCCUGGAACUGAAGCCAACCUCCCGAGCAGGCAUCAAACAGAAAGGCCCAAUGCUGAGCAGCAGCCUGAUGCGGUCUGAGUCGGAGCUGGACAGCGAUGACGCCAUCUUCACGUGGCCAGACCGAGAGAAGGGCAAACUCCUGCAUGCUGUUCUCCCAGCGUCUGCUGUUCACUCCACCCUAAUACCUUCAACCAGAGCUGCUGGCACUUCGAUCCAGAGACCCUCUCCGGGAACCCUGAAUGAAGCUGUGAAUGAAGAGGUUUCCUCUUUAAAACCCUUCUGGUAGGCCCCCCGCAAAUGUCCUCACCUCAGGGCCUCCUUUUUUGCAAACCCCUCCUCUGCUCCAAGGGGCAUCUAGCUGGUUCCCGGCCGCCACCCCAGCUCCCUGUUAGCAGUGUUGCUGCUCCCAGGGUGUCCCCACGGCAAGUCCUGGCUGUAGAACCAAGCACCACCAGCCUCCUGCUCCGAGAGCCUGACUGUGGGCACGUUCUUUGUACUCUUUUUUGGGACAGAGCCGUACCCUUUCGCUAGGUCCAGAGAAAGUGGCACCCCAGUCCUCACCACUGAUGCCCAUGUCCAGCCUGAGUUUAGGGGAAGACUGGAUGUUUCAGGAAUGGAGAGCCCCUCUGGCUGCCGGGGCAUCUGUCAGACAGCUGGGCUGGCCACAGACUCUUCUUAUUCCUGACCUGCCGCUUCAGCGCUCAGGCCCCCAUGCCCUGCCCGCAGGAGACGGUCACACUGACUGGAAUGUGACGGCAUGAGCGCAUGUGUGCGACUGCCCCACGGCGCUCUGUGUCUACCUGUCUUCUCUGUGCGUCCCCUGCAUGUGUGUUAGAAUGUGCACACAUCAACUCCUCAUCGGGCUCUCGGCUAUUUGCAAGGCAACCUUGACCUGGACAGACUUUUAGCUCCUUGGAGCAGAGAUUUCCUGAAUCCCUCUGGCCCUAUCACUGGUUCCUCAGCCAUGGUCAUCCUGGGGGUUGAGGAAUGGGAGCUUUGGGGGAGUGACUUUUUGAAAAGAAACUUAGUUUACACUACUGCACUACUGUCUGUUGUGAGAUGAUUAAACAUGCUAUUUAAUUGUA